UCCUCUUUCUGCAGUGCUCCACCACCGCCGCCGCCGUCCCCCCGUAAGCGCCGCCGCGGUGAGGAGGAGGACCCCCGCCAGACAAUCCCCAACGUCCUCCAGGGCGAAGUGGCGCGACUCAACCCCAAGUUCCUGGUCAACCUGGACCCUUCCCACUGCAGCAACAACGGCACCGUCCACCUGCUAUGCCUCCUGGAUGACAAGAACCUCCCGAACGUCCCUCCACUGCAGCUGAGCGUCCCGGCCGACUAUCCGGACCAGAGCCCUCUAUGGAUAGACAACCCCCAGCAAUACGACGCCAACCCCUUCCUGCAGUCAGUCUACCGGUCCAUGAUGUCCAAGCUGCUCCAGCUGCCGGACAAGCACUCCGUCACGGCACUCCUCAACACUUGGGCGCAAAGCAUUCGCCAGGCAUGCCUCUCCGCGGCUUAGACGCUGCGCCGCGCCUCAGUCCGUCACGGGAAACGCGCGCCAGAAGCCUGGAAAACUCCCCGACUCCAUUUUGGCACCUUUGGGUCGGCCAUUUUGUUUCUUCGCCCUCAAACGUCUCCUUCCUGGUCACAGUUUGUGCAGUCUCGGCACAAUGGAGGGGUUGCAUUUCGCGGUUUUACGUCUGUAAAUUGACUAAAGGGGGACUUUAUUUUUAUUUUAUGUUUAUUAUAUUUUUGUUUUUUGGAACAGUGGU